GACAACCAUUCCCCCCUCCCCUUAUCCUUGCCACAUCGUGGCACGGCAAUAGAAGAGUCGGCCCAGUUUCCUCUAGAUUGAUUGUUCAUUUUUGGUCUCUUUUUGGGUUUCCAUCCUCCCCAGUUCCCUUAUCUUAUGCUGACGAGCAAGUCCUGGUCGACUCCUCAAGGAGGCCGUCAGCUCCCGCGUCUCUGCAUAUUCCUCCGUCCGAUCAAAGAUCAACGCCGCCUCCGGGGGACAUCCCUCCCGACCUUCCGUCUAAGCCCCAAAACCGCGGUAGAUCGACACCGGGCGGACCCCCUCCGCACAGGCGUCGAUUCUUCCCUCUACGUCUAUCCCAAACGCAACCGGUCUGACAGGCAGAGAAAGAGAGAAGAAACACUGGAGGAGGGCGCAGUGUUUCCGAAAUCGUACGACAUCGAGUUCGGCUGGAUCCGCCGCUUUGUUACGCACGCGUCACCACCCCGGACUCCGUCGCCCAACAUCGCCAACCUUGCUUAUUCCCGUACGUACAGUUGGCGGGCGAGGCAUCACGGACGCCUCCAUCUGCGCAAGGUUUACCUUUUGUCGAGGUCACCCCCCUUCUGACUGAGACACGACGUCUAGAAAAGCAGUCUUGAGGCUGGAAAGCCCAGUAGGCCUUUCCCACGAGUCGCCGAACACCCGGCUGCGUAGUACACAAGACGGACACCUGCUCGUGUCGCUCUCUCGUAACUUCACUCGCGGUCCGCCUUGGCGUUUCCCCGUAAGCUGAAAACCCAGUUUCUUCAAAUCCCCCCACCGGCCGUUAGACCU